CGAAACCAGCAGCCAAAAUGGAGGUGAAAACGUCACUUCUAGACAACAUGAUUGGGGUGGGUGACAUGGUCCUCCUGGAACCUUUGUCAGAAGACUCCUUCCUUGAGAACCUGAGAAAGCGCUUUGACCACAAUGAGAUCUAUACUUACAUUGGCAGUGUGGUCAUCUCCAUGAACCCCUACAGGUCGCUGCCCAUCUACACCCCUGAGAAAGUGGAAGAGUAUCGCAACAGAAACUUCUAUGAACUUAGUCCACACAUUUACGCUUUGGCAGAUGAGGCCUACAGGUCACUCAGAGACCAGGACAAGGACCAGUGUAUCCUCAUUACAGGGGAGAGCGGGGCGGGGAAGACUGAGGCCAGUAAGCUGGUGAUGUCAUACGUGGCAGCGGUGUGUGGGAAGGGCCAGGAGGUGAAUAAGGUCAAGGAACAGUUACUGCAGUCCAAUCCUGUGCUGGAAGCCUUCGGAAAUGCCAAGACAGUGAGGAAUGACAACUCGUCCAGAUUUGGAAAGUACAUGGACAUCGAGUUUGACUUCAAAGGAGAUCCUCUCGGUGGAGUCAUCAGCAACUAUCUGCUGGAGAAGUCCCGUGUGGUGAAACAGCCGCGAGGGGAGAGGAACUUCCACGUCUUUUAUCAGCUCUUGUCCGGCGCUUCUGAUGAUAUGCUCAAGAAACUGAAGCUGAACCGGGACUUCAGCAAGUACAACUACUUGAGCCUCGAUUCCGCCGUGGUCAACGGGCUCGACGACGCCGCCAGCUUUAGGACGGUCAAAAACGCGAUGCAGAUUGUGGGCUUCAUGGAGGACGAGGUACAGUCGGUGCUGGAGCUCGUGGCGGCUGUCCUGAAGCUCGGCAACAUCGAGUUCAAGCCCGAGUCACGGUGCAACGGCGCCGACGAGAGCCGCGUGAAAGAUAAAAACGAUUUAAAAGAGAUGUGUGAGCUGCUGGGGAUCGAGCAGACGGUGCUGGAAAGGGCCUUCAGCUACCGCACGGUUGAGGCCAAAUCGGAGAAGGUGUCGACGACCUUGAAUGUGGCCCAGGCCUACUAUGCUCGAGAUGCCCUUGCCAAAAAUCUCUACAGCCGUCUGUUUAGCUGGCUCGUUACUCGGAUCAAUGAAAGCAUAAAAGCACAAACUAAAACCCGCCACAAGGUCAUGGGCGUGCUGGACAUCUACGGCUUCGAGAUAUUCGAGGACAACAGCUUUGAGCAGUUCAUCAUCAACUAUUGCAAUGAGAAGCUGCAGCAGAUCUUCAUCGAGCUAACCCUGCGCGAGGAGCAGGAGGAGUACGUCAGAGAGGGCAUCGAGUGGACCAACAUUGAAUACUUCAACAAUGCCAUUAUCUGCGACCUCAUUGAGAAUAACCAAAAUGGCAUCAUGGCCAUGUUGGAUGAGGAGUGCCUGCGUCCCGGGACGGUGACGGACGAGACCUUCCUCGACAAGCUGAACACCAUCUGCGCCGAGCACCAGCACUUUGAGAGCCGCCUGAGCAAGAAUUCAAAGUUCCUCAAUGACCACAGCUUGCCGCACAGUUGCUUCCGUAUCCAGCACUACGCCGGCAAGGUGCUGUACUGCGUCGAAGGCUUUGUGGACAAGAACAACGACCUCCUGUAUCGCGACUUGUCCCAAGCCAUGUUUAAGGCCAACCACAGUCUGAUGAAGCAGCUGUUCCCGGACGGCAACCCGGCCAAAGUCAACCUGAAGAGACCGCCCACUGCUGGCUUCCAGUUCAAAGCAUCAGUGGGCACUCUCAUGAAGAACCUGCAGACCAAGAACCCCAACUACAUCCGGUGCAUCAAGCCCAAUGACAAGAAGGCAGCCCACAUCUUCACAGAGUCGCUCGUUUGCCAUCAAGUGCGCUACUUGGGCCUGAUGGAGAACGUCCGCGUGAGACGAGCCGGCUACGCCUUCCGGCAGGUGUACGGACCCUGCCUGGAGCGCUACAAAAUGCUCUGCAAACGGACCUGGCCGCAUUGGAGAGGGCCUGCUAGGGAGGGAGUCGAAGUCCUCAUGGCCGAUCUUCAGGUUCCCACCGAAGAAUUCUCCUACGGCCGCUCCAAAAUCUUCAUCAGGAAUCCACGAACGCUGUUUUUCUUAGAGGAAAGGCGGCGGCAGUGCCUGCAGGACCUGGCCACGCUCAUUCAGAAAAUCUACCGUGGCUGGAAGUGCCGCACUCAUUUCUUGUUGCUGAAAAAGAGUCAGAUUGUGGUCGCCGCGUGGUACCGGCGCUACACGCAACAAAAGAAAUACCAGAAGAUCAAGAGCGCCACCACCGUGGUGCAGUCAUACACUCGGGGAUGGCAGGCUCGCAAACUGCUGAGAGAACUGAAACAUCAGAAGAGGUGCGAGGAGGCGGCGACCACCAUUGCGGCUUACUGGCACGGCGCUCAGGCUCGAAUGGAGCUGCGACGUCUAAAACAAGAAGUGCGGAAUAAACAUGCUGUGACAGUAAUUUGGGCAUACUGGCAGGGAACAAAGGCGCGGAGGGAGUUGCGUCAACUGAAGGAGGAGGCGAGGAAUAAACGCGCCGUGUCGGUCAUUUGGGCCGGCUGGCAGGGCACCAAGGCUCGCAGGGAGCUGAGAAGACUGAAGGAAGAGGCCCGACGUAAGCAUGCUGUCGCUGUGAUUUGGGCCUGCUGGCAGGGACUAAAGGUCCGAAGGGAAUACAGGAAAUUUUUCAGGGCAAACGCAGGGAAAAAGAUUUAUAACUUCACCAUCCAGAGAAUCAUGCAGAAAUACUUCCUGGGUCUGAGGAAGACCUUGCCUUCCAUGUCCCCCAUUGACAAGAGCUGGCCCGCCCGGCCCUACCGCUUCCUGGAUGCGGCUCACACAGAGCUGCGCACAAUCUUCCACCUUUGGAGGUGCAAGAAAUACAGAAGCCAGUUCACCGAGGAGAAGAAGGCCGUGUAUGAAGAGAAGCUGGAGGCAAGUGAGCUCUUCAAGGAUAAAAAGUCCCUCUACCCAAGCAGCGUGAGCCAGCCCUUCAAAGGAGACUACCUGGAGAUCAGCAAGAACCCCAAGUAUCACAAGCUCAAUAGUUGCGUGGAGGAAAAGGUUCUGCUGGCCGACGUGGUCAACAAGAUCAACAGGGCCAAUGGCAAAGGCGCGAGUCGCAUUCUGCUGCUGACGAAGAAGAACGUGCUGCUGGCCGACCAGAAGACGGGCCAAGUGAAGGCCAGCGUCGCCCUGCCCGAUCUCGCCAGCGUGUCGGUCAGCACGCAGAACGACGGCUUCUUUGCGCUCAAGCUCAGAGAGGGUUCGGCCUCGGCCGUCAAAGGAGACUUUUUACUCAGCAGCGAGCACUUGAUCGAGACCAUCACCAAACUCCAUCACAUCGGCUCCACCGCCUCAGACGACGGCGUGCGGCUCAACAUCGACAUCACCGAUGAGUUUCUGGUCCAGUUCAAGCAGGACAAAGUGUGCGUCAAGUUCAUCCAGGGAGCCCCCAAGAACGGCAACGGCGCGUCCUGCAAGCGCAAAAACAACCGCUUGCUGGAGGUGUCGGUCCCCGCCACAGCAUAG